UUAUUUUGACAUCAUGCUAUCGGUAGAAGGCGUUAGUAUCUUCACUCACACUCUUACGCUCGCGCUCUACCUUGUUCAAUAGAGAACACGUGAAGUCAUGUUACAAGACGAUGCAUGUUUAGAGCCAGAGCUCGUAAAAAUAUUGCUGUAACUUUCAACUAAAGAUGUUUUUUUGAAGUGUUAUAUCUCAGUGCUUGAUUCGUUUGGCAGAAGUAAUUUAAGAAUGAUUUGUGAAGUUUCUAGCUAGCUCUCCAAUGUUUAAGUUAAGUUUCUAGCUAGCUCUCCAAUGUCUAAUUUAAGUUAAUGGCGGCAACUUUCCCUGGAUUACCACUUUUAGCACCCUUUGAUAUGCGGAGCGAGUUUUCACGGUGUUGGUGCUAUGCACACUCGUCUCAAUUAAAGUACACCCGUCUGGAAACACUCCCAAGCCUGUUUAUUCCAAGUUGAAGGGCUGCUACAGUGAAAACUCGUCGCUCGAUGUGGAGUGAAACGAAACUCAACUCGAAGUUAGAAGGACUGCCAUCUGCUAUUCUGUGUACAAGACUGCCACCUGCUGUUCAAACACCCUCAUUUCAACCGGCACUCAGGCAAGAUCAGUCUAUUGCGGUUAUGCUGAUUGUUGCAUAAAGUCACGGGACUCUUUGAUUGCAAACACUGAACUUAAGUCACCUUUAUAAACAAUAUACUGUACAUGUUUGAUGCUCUAAAUUAAUCAUACAUCUGAAAGGUGAAUUUAAAGAUACAGAAGGGUGAUAUAUAUAUAUUGAACAAAUUGAACCUGUUAAUGUAAAUUCAUUCGCGGGUAAAUCUGUAUUAUAGCAUUCAUUGCUAAGCUGUUUGUGUGUUAGCCUACAUUUUAUUGAUGAUAAUUACCCUCAGUGCAUGUUUGGUAUUAAGUGUAUGUUGAGUUAUUUAGCUAUAUUUCAGUAAUUAAACUAUAGUUUAGUAGUUCAAUAUAACCAAACGGCAACACAACUUCAAAAUGUCACUUAAUGGAGAAGAAGUAGCUGGCACACAUAACCCACUCACAAAAACAGAUAACCCACAGCCAGUCAGGUCUAGUUCCCGUGAAAGAACAUUUACAGAAAAGGGAUACGAGAUGCACAAACAGGAAGCAAUUAAACACAAGAAAGAAUUCAUGAGAGCUUAUGGCUACUGGAAAGAGGUGGCAGGAAAGGUUAGGACCGCACUAAAAUCAUUCUGUUCUCAAGAUGAUCUAAAUAAAUUCAGAGAAGAAAUCCAAAGUCGACACAGUGCAGUAAGUGAAUGUUAUGAGCCCAUUCAACGCAACCACAAUGCUACCCCAGACAUUGUCCCAAAAAUGGAUGCUUGUAUAGCACUCACAGCAGAGAUCAGCGAAAUAAUAAGGCAACGGCUAGAAACUGUAGAUGAGGCUUUCAAUCCAGAACUUGAGAAACUACGAGUGAGGAUGGCACUUAAGAAGGAUGAGUAUGGAUCUAUCUUCGGACACACAAAGACAGAUACUGUACUUUCUCUAUCAGAAAAUUCCCUCCACUCACAGGGCUCAAGCAAACAUGUAGAUGCAGGAGCAGAACUUGCAGCUCAACAAGAAAGAAUUAAAGCAGUAUAUCAAAUACAAGCUCAAGAAGAAGUUCUUAGCAAGUUAGAAGAAGAGAAGCAGCUAGUUCUUAAAAGGUUAGAAGAAGAAAGGCAAUUAGCUCUUAAAAGGAUAGAGGCAAAUAUGCGUCAGGAAAAGAAAAGACUACAGCAAAUUCAAGCAGAGUCAGAAGUAAGAAUAGCGGAGGCGAGAGUAAAUGCAUACGAGAGCCUUGAACAUGACUCCAAAGACUGGCUAAAAGAGACUGAUCUCACAGUUGAAUUCAAAAGCCAACUCAAUCCAAGGGCCAACGCAUACCAGCCUCCACAAGCAUGCGCCAAUGCGCUAGCAUCUCCUGAGAAAGACAGCCUUACCCAAGCUCUCAUUAACUCACUCAGUAUUAAUCGCCUGCCUGCUCCUGAGCCACCAAAGUUCUCUGGCGAAGCCCUAAAGUAUGUAGACUGGAAGAUGUCCUUCAUGGCCCUCAUUGACCACCAGCCUCUCCCAGCUCAUGAAAAAAUGUUCUACUUAAAAACCUAUCUGAGCGGAGAAGCACGUAAAGCUGUAGAGGGAUUCUUCUAUAGAAACACUGAAGAAGCAUAUCAGGGAGCCUUAAAGGUCCUAGAAGAAAGGUACGGAAACCACUUCAUUGUGCAAAGGGCUUUUAGAGACAAGCUCAUGAAAUGGCCCAAGAUUGGUACCAGUGAUCCCGCUGCACUUCGAGAGUUUGCUGACUUCCUGCAAGGAUGCGUUGAAGCGAUGCCUCAUGUGAAGGGAUUGGCCAUCUUAGACGACUGUGAAGAGAACCACAAGUUGCUGAAGAAAUUACCUGACUGGAUCACACGCAGAUGGAGCAGAGUCGUCACGGAAAGGUUGGACGAAUCCGGGGAUUACCCAAGCUUUUCCUGUUUCACAAGGUUCAUCCAGAAGGAGGCUCGGAUAGCCUGUAACCCUGUCGCCUCUCCACUUCUGAUCAAGAACACAGAUGACAGGCAGUCCAAAAGAGCUAGAGCACUUCACACAAACACUAAAAGAAACAAUCCCACGGAAAGGGUUGAGAAAGUGUUCAAUACCAAGUCAAGACCACCUUGUCCUAUCUGCCAAAAUGAGAUGCACGGCGUCGUGAAGUGCCCUUCCUUUGCAGCAAAGUCUCUAGAAGACAAGAAAGCCAGCAUACGGGAAAACAAUUUGUGCUACGGAUGUUUGAGAAAGGGACAUAACAGUAAGGAUUGCAAAACACGACACACUUGUGUCACCUGCGGCAGACGUCACCCCACCUGUCUACACGAAGAGAGAGAGAACCGAUCUGUGGAAUCAAAAGAGAGACAGUCCACUUCCACAGACAAAGGCACUAGUCAGGAGGAGAUCAAAGUGACAUCCCAUGCAGUGACGCAGCGUGUCUUCGCCACCUCAAGCAUCGUCCCUGUUUUCAUGUCAUCUGCAAAUGAACCAGAGAAAGAAGUUGUAACGUAUGCUCUUCUAGACACGCAGAGUGACUCGACAUUUGUCUUGGAAGACUUACUUGAAAAUCUGAACGUGGAGACUAAACCAGUACAGCUCAAACUAAGCACCAUGACAUCUGUUGACACACCCAUAGCCAGCAAGAGUGUCUACGGUCUACGAGUACGAGGACUACAGUCUGAAAAACAGAUUCAGCUACGCCAAGCCUACACUCGUGGCUUCAUCCCGGUUGACAAGUCCUACAUUCCAACUUCCAAAACAGCGCUGCUCUGGCCUCACUUAAAGCAUCUAGCAAACAAACUUCCGCUGCUGCAGGACUGUGAGGUGGGACUGUUAAUUGGAAGUGAUUGCCCGUUGGCGUUAGCCCCCACAUCUGGAUCGCCAGGGAAACCAGAGAUUCGUCCAUCGAGUGACAGUGAAGGAAAUACCUGCGCCAUCAACCAACGACGUGCUAAAGGUCUUGGAAUUAGACUUCAAUGA